UUGUGGUCUCCUGGUGAGGAGUCCCUCUACAUCAGGAGAACCGGAACAGCACCAGGAGCACAACACAGCUAGGAAGACUCACCUACCAGCUCCACAGAUGGACACGAGAACUCAUUAAGGAGAGAACCAGCCUCACCAAUGCUCUGUUUGUGGGAAGCCAUUCACUGAGAAAAGGACAAUUAGAAGACCACUAGUUUGAAGACCACUAGUUAGAAGACCACUAUUUAGUGCAUAUUAAAGAGAAGCCUUACUUCUUCCCUGACUGUGGAAAGAGAUUUGUCAGUGGAAGCUAAAUUCAAAUGGGCUUAGAAGUCACGAGAGAACUCACACUAGUGAAAGACCCUACAGCUGCCCUGUGUGUAGAAAGAGUUUCAAGCAACAAAAUCAAGUACCAAAACAUUUAUAGACACACAAUGCCCCAUCUGUGGAAAAACGUAUGGUUCAGAAGAUUCUCUCAAAGACCACUUAAGAGUUUACACAGGGGAGAGAUCUUACCUUUGUGCUGACUUUUAUUUCACCUUUAUUUAACCAGGUAGGCCAGUUGAGAACAAGUUCUCAUUUACAACUGCGACCUGGCCACUUAAAUAAUGUUUACAUACUGUUUUACCCACUUUGUAUGUAUAUACUGUAUUCUAGCCAAGGCUAAUGCUAUAUUACUACUGCUAUACACACCUUUUCUAUUGAUAUGCUGUCUAUACACACCUCAACAUAUAUACAUUGACAUUCCAGACUCGGACAUUGUUCGUGCUCAUAUUUCUUAAUUUCCACAUUUUUAUUUUGGGUGUUUUGUACUGUUUGGUAUUACUGCACGAGCAAGAAACAUAAGCAUUUCACUGCACCUGCGAAAACAUCUGCAAAAUAUGUGCACGUGACCAAUACAAUUUGAUUUUGAUUUGGUUUACUAAGGCGCACCAAGAAGACGACGUAAACCAAACACGGAAGUAGUAAUGCAGCUAGCUGAUGUUAACUAACCAGUUUAUUUAUCGCACUUCAAAGCAUUGUAGCUAGUUCCAUACAGCUAAUAUCACCAGAUAUAAUUUAUGAUACGGUUAUGGUAACGUUAAGUAUUAUUCACUGGCUGGACUAGUUAAGGUAUGGAACUAUGAAACACGGGAUUUCCACCUCUGCCAGUUUAGGAGCUAACGUUACAAUACUAGCCAGUUGUAGCAGCGCGCUAUCGUUAGCUAACAUUUCUCCCUCACAGCACAGCAAGAGUCUGGAAUAACUCUGGCACAACAACAUAUUCUUUGAUAUAUUUGAAGCGCAUUCACAAUGCACGAGUUUGAUGAACACCAACAGUCAAAAUGGCGGAGUCCUGGCUGUAACCAUGGUGAUCAGAGCAGCAGACACCAGGGUCCCGAGAUGGUCCAAAGUUUUAACAUUGUAUUCAAAGAGGAGGCAGAAGACGAUCAUGAACCUUGGGGUCAGAGAAAUACUGGAAUGAGUCCUGCCUCCAGCCACGGCAGUGAGGAGACUACCUCUACAUCAGGAGAACCUGAGCAACACCAGGAGAACCACAACACAGCCACGACGUCUCACCGCUGCUUUGGCUGUGGACAGGAGUUCCCUGCUGCCUAUGACCUCGUGUUACACCAGAGGACACGCAUAGAGAGAGGCUUCAACAAGUCUGUCUGUGGAGAGCUGUUCUACCAGAAAGAGUUACUCAAAACACAUCAUCAGAAAGUUGACACAGGAAUACCUGUACAACACCAGAAGAAUCCCAAAGCUAAGAAGUCUCACGACUGUGUAGUUUGUGGAAAACAACUAUCGGAAGCCAUGAAACUGAAGAGGCACAUGAGAACACACACAGGAGAGAAACCUCACGGCUGCUCUGUGUGCGGCAGGGGAUUCACACAGAAAGGAAAUCUGAAAACACACAUGAAAACACACAGAGGAUUGAACCCCAAAUUGUGGUCCGCUGGAGAGGACAGUCCCUCUACAUCAGGAGAACCUGAACAACACCAGAAGAACCACACAGCUAAGACAUUUCAUAAUUGCAUAGAUUGUGGGGAGAUAUGCCAAACUCUACCAGCACUAAAAAAACACAUGAAAACUCACACAAGUAAGAAGCCGUCUUACCAAUGCUCCCUUUGCGGGGCGGAGUUCACUGAGAAAGGGCAAAUCCAAGACCACCAGUUACAGCAUGUUGGCGAGAAGCCUUACUCUUGCCCUGACUGUGGGAAAUGUUUCGUCAAUGAAAGCUACAUUAAAAUUCACCAGCGAACACACACUGGAGAGAGACCCUACAGCUGCCUUGUGUGUGGAAAUAGUUUCGUGAAAAAAGCAUACUUAAAAAGUCAUUUACUGACACACACUGGAGAGAAGCCAUACCUUUGCUCCAUCUGUGGGAAGACAUACAGUAGAGAAGGAACUUUCAAAAUCCACCAGAGAGUUCACACAGGAGAGAAACCAUACCUGUGCACUGAAUGUGGGAAGCGUUUCAGCUGUAGAGCAAACCUUUAUUCACACAAGAAGAGACAUGAUGGCAAACCCAUAGGACCUAAACGGCAGUUAGGCAGACCGAAGCAACUGCCAAACUGACAAAUGGGACAGGAAAAAUGUACUUGUGUAGUGUCUCUCCUGAUCACCAGCAACAUAGUUAUGUUCAUCUUGAUUAUGCAUUUCCCAUUAAUGGACAUAAACAAUAGAAGAUUAAGGAAUGCAGCUGUGGAUGUCUGAAAGACUGAAAUAUAUAAAGCACAGGACCUAAACAGCAAUUAGGCAGACCCAAGAAACUACCAUGGGGGACAGUGCUGGUUAAAUUAACUUAAGCGGUGACUUCAUUUUAUGUAAGGCAUCACAGCACAGUUGAAAAAAAUAUAUAUGUCCCAUGGAAAUCAAGAGAGGGUGGUCUACAGAGAGAGGUGGGAUUAAAAAAUGAAUGAUCUGUAAUCGUUAGGAAACACCACGUAUACAGGACGUGUCUUAAGAGUGGGGUUGUGGAGAGGAGUGGCUAACCAGCAUCAACAAAGCCGGAGCAAACUCGACGCCAGGGGACGGUGAGGUGCGUUGCGGAGGCUGCGGAUCUGACUGUCUCUCCGACUCUGACUGGCUCCCUCCGAGACCAGGAAUGCUUCCUCCGCUCUCAGUACCAUCUGAUCUGUUUCUCAGACGACCCUCCAUCCGUCAGCUCUCAUCCAUUUGUUCUGUUUCUCAGACGACCCUCCAUCCGUCAGCUCCCAUCCAUGCAGAUUUGUAUGUUUUUUGGGGUUCAAACUUGAAUGUGCUGAUAUUGAGUUUUUAGCUGCCAAGUUUUAUUGGUAUGUAACUGUUAUGAAAGUUGUAUUGUCAAUUUGUUUCGUAUUUAAACGCCACUUUAAACGUGUACAUGACACUGCAACAGCAUUUCCCCACAGGGACAAUCAAGUCAGUAAAGUAAAGUAGGGUCUACAUGUAAUAAUAACAGAGUGAUGAGGAAGAGGAGCUCCACCUACAUGUAAUAAUAACAGAGUGGUGAGGAGGAGCUCCACCUACAUGUGAUAAUAACAGAGUGGUGAGGAGGAGCUCCACCUACAUGUUAUAAUAAUAACAGAGUGGUGAGGAGGAGCUCCACCUACAUGUAAUAAUAACAGAGUGGUGAGGAGGAGCUCCACCUACAUGUAAUAAUAACAGAGUGAGGAGGAGGAGCUCCACCUACAUGUAAUAAUAACAGAGUGGUGAGGAGGAGCUCCACCUACAUGUUAUAAUUACAGAGCGGUGAGGAGGAGCUCCACCUACAUGUUAUAAUUACAGAGCGGUGAGGAGGAGCUCCACCUACAUGUUAUAAUUACAGAGCGGUGAGGAGGAGCUCCACCUACAUGUAAUAAUAAUAACAGAGUGGUGAGGAGCUCCACCUACAUGUUAUAAUAAUAACAGAGUGGUGAGGAGGAGCUCCACCUACAUGUAAUAAUAAUAACAGAGUGGUGAGGAGGAGCUCCACCUACAUGUAAUAAUAACAGAGUGGUGAGGAGGAGCUCCACCUACAUGUAAUAAUAAUAACAGAGUGGUGAGGAGGAGCUCCACCUACAUGUAAUAAUAAUAACAGAGUGGUGAGGAGGAGCUCCACCUACAUGUAAUAAUAAUAACAGAGUGGUGAGGAGGAGCUCCACCUACAUGUAAUAAUAAUAACAGAGUGGUGAGGAGGAGCUCCACCUACAUGUAAUAAUAAUAACAGAGUGGUGAGGAGGAGCUCCACCUACAUGUAAUAAUAAUAACAGAGUGGUGAGGAGGAGCUCCACCUACAUGUAAUAAUAAUAACAGAGUGGUGAGGAGGAGCUCCACCUACAUGUUAUAAUAAUAACAGAGUGGUGAGGAGGAGCUCCACCUACAUGUUAUAAUAACAGAGUGGUGAGGAGGAGCUCCACCUACAUGUUAUAAUAACAGAGUGGUGAGGAGGAGCUCCACCUACAUGUUAUAAUAACAGAGUGGUGAGGAGGAGCUCCACCUACAUGUUAUAAUAAUAACAGAGUGGUGAGGAGGAGCUCCACCUACAUGUUAUAAUAAUAACAGAGUGGUGAGGAGGAGCUCCACCUACAUGUUAUAAUAACAGAGUGGUGAGGAGGAGGAGCUCCACCUACAUGUAAUAAUAAUAACAGAGUGGUGAGGAGGAGCUCCACCUACAUGUAAUAAUAAUAACAGAGUGGUGAGGAGGAGCUCCACCUACAUGUAAUAAUAAUAACAGAGUGGUGAGGAGGAGCUCCACCUACAUGUUAUAAUAAUAACAGAGUGGUGAGGAGGAGCUCCACCUACAUGUUAUAAUAAUAACAGAGUGGUGAGGAGGAGCUCCACCUACAUGUUAUAAUAAUAACAGAGUGGUGAGGAGGAGCUCCACCUACAUGUUAUAAUAAUAACAGAGUGGUGAGGAGGAGCUCCACCUACAUGUUAUAAUUACAGUGGUGAGGAGGAGCUCCACCUACAUGUAAUAAUAAUAACAGAGUGGUGAGGAGGAGCUCCACCUACAUGUAAUAAUAAUAACAGAGUGGUGAGGAGGAGCUCCACCUACAUGUAAUAAUAAUAACAGAGUGGUGAGGAGGAGCUCCACCUACAUGUAAUAAUAAUAACAGAGUGGUGAGGAGGAGCUCCACCUACAUGUAAUAAUAAUAACAGAGUGAUGAGGAGGAGCUCCACCUACAUGUAAUAAUAAUAACAGAGUGGUGAGGAGGAGCUCCACCUACAUGUUAUAAUAAUAACAGAGUGGUGAGGAGGAGCUCCACCUACAUGUAAUAAUAACAGAGUGGUGAGGAGGACUUCCACCUACAUGUUAUAAUAACAGAGUGGUGAGGAGGAGCUCCACCUACAUGUGAUAAUAACAGAGUGGUGAGGAGGAGCUCCACCUACAUGUUAUAAUAAUAACAGAGUGGUGAGGAGGAGCUCCACCUACAUGUGAUAAUAACAGAGUGGUGAGGAGGAGCUCCACCUACAUGUAAUAAUAAUAACAGAGUGGUGAGGAGGAGCUCCACCUACAUGUAAUAAUAAUAACAGAGUGGUGAGGAGCUCCACCUACAUGUAAUAAUAAUAACAGAGUGGUGAGGAGGAGCUCCACCUACAUGUAAUAAUAAUAACAGAGUGGUGAGGAGCUCCACCUACAUGUAAUAAUAAUAACAGAGUGGUGAGGAGGAGCUCCACCUACAUGUAAUAAUAAUAACAGAGUGGUGAGGAGGAGCUCCACCUACAUGUAAUAAUAAUAACAGAGUGGUGAGGAGCUCCACCUACAUGUAAUAAUAAUAACAGAGUGGUGAGGAGGAGCUCCACCUACAUGUAAUAAUAAUAACAGAGUGGUGAGGAGGAGCUCCACCUACAUGUAAUAAUAAUAACAGAGUGGUGAGGAGGAGCUCCACCUACAUGUAAUAAUAAUAACAGAGUGGUGAGGAGGAGCUCCACCUACAUGUAAUAAUAAUAACAGAGUGGUGAGGAGGAGCUCCACCUACAUGUAAUAAUAAUAACAGAGUGGUGAGGAGGAGCUCCACCUACAUGUAAUAAUAAUAACAGAGUGGUGAGGAGGAGCUCCACCUACAUGUAAUAAUAAUAACAGAGUGGUGAGGAGGAGCUCCACCUACAUGUAAUAAUAACAGAGUGAUGAGGAGGAGCUCCACCUACAUGUAAUAAUAACAGAGUGGUGAGGAGGACUUCCACCUACAUGUUAUAAUAACAGAGUGGUGAGGAGGAGCUUCACCUACAUGUGAUAAUAACAGAGUGGUGAGGAGGAGCUCCACCUACAUGUUAUAAUAAUAACAGAGUGGUGAGGAGGAGCUCCACCUACAUGUAAUAAUAAUAACAGAGUGGUGAGGAGGAGCUCCACCUACAUGUAAUAAUAAUAACAGAGUGGUGAGGAGGAGCUCCACCUACAUGUAAUAAUAAUAACAGAGUGGUGAGGAGGAGCUCCACCUACAUGUAAUAAUAAUAACAGAGUGGUGAGGAGGAGCUCCACCUACAUGUAAUAAUAACAGAGUGAUGAGGAGGAGCUCCACCUACAUGUAAUAAUAACAGAGUGGUGAGGAGGACUUCCACCUACAUGUUAUAAUAACAGAGUGGUGAGGAGGAGCUCCACCUACAUGUGAUAAUAACAGAGUGGUGAGGAGGAGCUCCACCUACAUGUUAUAAUAAUAACAGAGUGGUGAGGAGGAGCUCCACCUACAUGUAAUAAUAAUAACAGAGUGGUGAGGAGGAGCUCCACCUACAUGUAAUAAUAAUAACAGAGUGGUGAGGAGGAGCUCCACCUACAUGUAAUAAUAAUAACAGAGUGGUGAGGAGCUCCACCUACAUGUAAUAAUAAUAACAGAGUGGUGAGGAGGAGCUCCACCUACAUGUAAUAAUAAUAACAGAGUGGUGAGGAGCUCCACCUACAUGUAAUAAUAAUAACAGAGUGGUGAGGAGGAGCUCCACCUACAUGUAAUAAUAAUAACAGAGUGGUGAGGAGGAGCUCCACCUACAUGUAAUAAUAAUAACAGAGUGGUGAGGAGGAGCUCCACCUACAUGUAAUAAUAAUAACAGAGUGGUGAGGAGGAGCUCCACCUACAUGUAAUAAUAAUAACAGAGUGGUGCGGAGGAGCUCCACCUACAUGUUAUAAUAAUAACAGAGUGGUGAGGAGGAGCUCCACCUACAUGUAAUAAUAAUAACAGAGUGGUGAGGAGGAGCUCCACCUACAUGUAAUAAUAAUAACAGAGUGGUGAGGAGGAGCUCCACCUACAUGUAAUAAUAACAGAGUGGUGAGGAGGAGCUCCACUUAUCCUUCUUGCGCUUCGCCAAGCUGUUGUUAAGGAAGUUGUCAAGGAAGUGUGUUUUUGUUUAUACGUGACCUCCCACCCCCACCUACCUUCAACCAAUCAUGUCAAUGUGGAGUUAUGCGGAGGUCUCUGCAUUGUUACAACGUUUGAGAGGCGCACGGCGAUGCGCCCGAUUUCGUCUCCGGAGGCUCCGCGUCACACCCUCCAUACAGAGCCUCCGCGUCACACCCUCCAUACAGAGCCUCCGCGUCACACCCUCCAUACAGAGCCUCCGCGUCACACCCUCCAUACAGAGCCUCCGCGUCACACCCUCCAUACAGAGCCUCCGCGUCACAUCCUCCAUACAGAGCCUCCGCGUCACACCCUCCAUACAGAGGCUCCGCGUCACACCCUCCAUACAGAGGCUCCGCGUCACACCCUCCAUACAGAGGCUCCGCGUCACACCCUCCAUACAGAGGCUCCGCGUCACACCCUCCAUACAGAGGCUCCGCGUCACACCCUCCAUACAGAGCCUCCGCGUCACACCCUCCAUACAGAGCCUCCGCGUCACACCCUCCAUACAGAGCCUCCGGACAGCAUCGACGGAUCAAGCAUGAAUCAGCUAUUACUGUCCGACAGUAAUUUAGCCAUUCAUAGUCAUGACUGGUUUGAGUUACAGAGCCUUCAGAAAGUAUUCUCAACCCUUGACUUAUUCCACAUUUUGUUGUGUUACAGCCUGAAAUUAAAAUGGAUUACAUUUAUAUUUUCUGUCAUUGGCCUACACACAAUACCCCAUAAUGUCAAAGUGGAAUUAUGCUUUCGACAUUUUUACAAAUGAAUAAAAAUGAAAAGCUGAAA